AUGCAGUCUGAAAUGCGCAUGCCCAAACAAGAGCCCGUCGCUCGUCCACUCUGGGAAGAACUUCCAGUACCACCACACGUCGUCCUUCCUUCUCUGCCAAUUGAGAAUCCCGGUGCGCACAUGACAAUGCCUCAGUACCUGUUCGCAAUUCAAGCUCCAAAUGUGCAGGAGCAAAAGUGGGCGACUGUUGUCUCCAGAAACAGUAAGCAGUUGCUCGAGUGGAUCAUUCUGGACUCCAGCACCAAAUAUCCAAUGGAAGGUGCCAAGAAUAGAGCGAAUAUUCACAAAUGGUACUGCACAACAGCAGUUUCAGUGUAUAAAAGAACGGGACUUGUCGUGCAUCCCUCAAUCAUAAGGGAUUGCCUUCGAUCCGCAAAGCAGCACCUCUACAACCGCCUUCUGAAGCAUAUCAAAACGGAUAAGCUUUCCCCAAAGGAGGUGGAGGAGAAGCUCUGGGCAUGGCCGACUUAUCCAUUUGUAAAACCCUUCCGCACGGAGAAGAUGGAAAAGAAAAUGAGAUCGGCGAAUCUUGUUGAUGAAAAUGGAGCCCCGAUUGUGAUCGAUCUGGGCGAGGAUGAUAGUGACGACGAUGAUGAUGAGGAGCUCAUGCUACCAGCACCCGCCACACCAGCACCCGCCACACCAGCACCCGCCACACCAGCAUCUGUUAAACCCACAUUGCCUCUGAACGCCAUCAAGGCAGAGUAUUACUCAGCUACACCGGUCAAGCGUCGACAUGCUGAAGUUGUACCAGAUCAAUCAACAAUAGCCACUUCGUAUCUCCCUGCGACAAUGCCAAAAGCAUCAUUCGCUUUCAUUCCCGCCGAUCAGACCAUGGACACAUCCGGACCAAUGGAGCCAGAUUCGUCUGCGUCUGUUAACCCAGCUCCAUCGGAACAGGAUCUCCAAGACUUUGAAGCUGAUAUGAUGGCGAUUCAUCGUGAUGUAAUGCGGAAAGCCAGAAAGGAUCCAAAAAAGAUGGAUCUGAUUCGCGCGGCACACGCACAGAUGAUGGCUGAGAUCAACACCACCAAAACGAACGAUCUCGGAGAGAUGUUCAUGAAUGUUGGCAGAAGAAAUUUGGGAAAUGUCUUUAAUACCGACUAA